UAAUGCAUAUGUGGAGGGUUAAAUGAAGCCAUUCCUCUUACUGAAUCAUCCCGAUCCUGUGUUCAAUUUCGAACAAGUCAAUAGUACUCACUCAAUGGCACAUGCUCCUUUUCCUUACAGCGAACCAUUUUUCGGUGGUUCAUUAGUUGCUUAUGGACCGCAGGCUGUUGGUCAACCCCAGAUGUUGCCCCAAGUGCUGGGAUUAGGAUCCCCCAGAAUCGCACUACCACUUGAUCUUGCUGAAGAUGGCCCCAUUUAUGUCAAUGCUAAACAAUACCAUGGUAUACUGAGAAGGAGACAGUCACGAGCAAAGCUCGAGGCUCAGAACAAGCUCAUAAAAAAUCGUAAGCCCUAUCUUCAUGAGUCGCGACAUCGCCAUGCUUUGAAAAGGGUUAGGGGAUCCGGGGGACGCUUUCUCAGCGCUAAACAGCUGCAACUGUCUAAUUCAGAACUCAUUAACAGUGCCCGUUCAGGCUUGAACCCUGUCAAUGUAUAUCAUAAGAAAGAUGCAUCAGAGGUGGAAAGUCAUCUCUCUAGAACCGGAGAAAACGCAUCUUCCAUCACAACGUGUUCUGACCUAACAAGUUUCUCCAGCAAUGACAUCAAUUUCAGGCAUCCUGAGCACAAUUUCUUGGGAAGUUCCCCAAACAUGGGUGGAGCAUCACAAUGCAGUGGGGGACACACCUUUGGUUGUUGAACCCAGCAAUGUGCUCCACAUGCCCGGCGAGCGAGGCGGAACCAAAGCGACAGAGUUAGGUUCUCCCAUCCGGGCUGGCAAAUCAUCCUUGGCUUAGUCACUUUUAUGUGUUUCAUCAUUUCAUCUGAUACAUAACAUGCUUUUUCAAACACUAUGCAUUUCCCACACAGACCUUAACAUUUGCCUACUGCUUUUGCUAUGUAUUUUAAACUCUGCUAUUGCUGCGUGCUUCCAUUGGUCUGUUGAACUGGUUUGAUAAAGUUUGUGGUUGAAGAAAACUUUAACUUUAAUUCUAAAUGUAUGGACUGUCCUUGCUUUGUUUU